AUGGAAAACACGAAGCAUGCGUGCAUGCUGCCUAAGCCAACGGUCUAUGAGGACGAACUACACCCAACGGCCAACUACUGUCAACGUAUAAGGAGUCGUAUGCGUAACCUCCUGUUACCUUGCGACUGGCACUACGGCACCGUCGUGUUCCUGAGAAGCCGCAAGGGCCUAGAGUUGGAGCGACAGCGGCAGAUCGCCUCGGGACACUGGUUCAUCUGGCACCCGUACAGCCCGGCUAAGUUUUACUUCGAGUGCUUCCUGUGGGUGGUCAACGCCUUCUCCGGGUUAUACGCGCCGUUGCAGGUGUUUCUUACUUGUAAAUUUGUCAGUGUAGAUUUGUUGUUUUUACAAACAAAUCUUGAUUUUCACAUUAAAGAAAUAGCAUCAUAUGUGCGAUAUGUUUUUAUUUUAGGUCCAAACCCAGCGAACCCUUUAAUCUUGGCAGCAGACUUCUUGACAUUCUGUGAGAUCAUUAUCAACUUUUGUUCGGGCUACAAUGACGAGAACAACAAAGAAAUUGUUCUCGAGCCCAGAAAGAUUGCAUGCAGGUACAUCAAAGGCCCUUUCUUCAUAGAUUUGAUCGCUGCUGUACCGUGGCAACUUUACCAGCCUUUCAGUGACUGUCGGUACCCUUCGCACACAGUUUUUCAGCCAACGAAACUGAUUCUCAGAUACAGAUCAUUGUUAAAGAUACGUGAAUCUAUAAUGGAACAGCUUGAAGUCCCCUAUUUCUGCACUGUCAUUAUUACGGUCAUCAUCAGACUCGUAUACUUUUUUAAUUGGAUGACUUAUUGGCAGUAUCAAGUGCCGGUGAUCUGCGUACAUUACUAUGACCUUAAUAACUUAGGGAAGGCGGAGGCAGAGUGGCUAAAUCGUUUAAACGUCGAUCCUAGGGUGGACCCGCUCACCAAAUACAUCACUAAUCUAUACUUUGUAUGCGGAAGGUGCUUCGGCGUGGGUUAUGUGCCCCCGGUGCGGAACCACGUCAUGCCGGAGAUGAUCCAAAAUUGCAUUACGGACAUCUUCAGCCUAAUCUUCUUAACAUAUUGCUUCAUGACCGUCCUUCGUUUAAUUUUGUGUUCGCAAUCAAAUUUCAUAUUCGACGGCGCAAUGAAGGAUUUAGAGAAAUACAUGAGCAUCAAACGCGUGCCGAAACCUUUGCAGAAUAAAAUACGAUUGUACAUCAAUUAUAAGUUUGGUGGAAGUUAUAUGGACGAGAAUCAUAUCCUGAAUACUAUCAACGAACAUAUUAAGCAAGAUAUCAACAUGCAUACAUGCCGGCGACUAGUUGUGACUGUGCCGCUGUUUAAAGGGUUUCCAGUUAUGCUGAUUAACACUAUCAUAUUUAAACUUAAGCAAGAAGUCUUUCUUCCAGGACAGGAGGUGAUAAAACGCGGGCACUUGAUUGAGAGCAUGUAUUUCAUUUAUUAUGGGACUGUGGUGUUUACAGAUGAACACGGCGGAGAGGUACAACAUUUAAACGACGGAGCACAUUUCGGCGAGGCUGCACUGUUGCGUCCCGACGAGCCGGCAACGACGACGGCCACUGCGCUUGAGAUAAGCGAGAUAUACACGUUAGCAGCCCAAGUAUAUUACUAGCAAAGGUUUAAAGUUACUUUGCUAAAGGUCAGUGCGUAUGAU